CUCAUGAAUGCAUCACAGUGAUAUAACACGUGCAUAAGGAAUAGAAAGUAUAAAAGACGUGAAGCUACACAGACGGAUGUUGAAGCCUUGACAUCAUCAUUGCACGCUCAACACUUGAUUUGUGUGUAUCUCUUGAUCAUUGUGCAAGACAUAAAAAAAGACAGAAUGCAUCACAUUCUCCUUUUCGCUCUGCUCACAGUUUCUGUCUUGGCUGAUGUUCAACCUCAGUACUCCUUCUCCCCACCGGUGGGGUCUGGAUCUGGCAGCCCUUACAGUAUCACUGGAGAGGAAAGACUCACAGCUGUCCGGGUGUGGGAGGUCUACAACGGCCAUAUCUAUGGCAUCCAGUUUCGCUACGGCUUUGUCUGGUCCUCCGUUGCUGGAUACGUAAGUGGCGAGCCCAAGGAGAUUGAAUUAUUUGACAAUGAAGCCAUCAUCCAGAUUUCUGGGAAGUAUGCUCACUAUGUGCAGUCGCUGGUGUUAAUCACUAACAGGGGCCGCUCACUGUAUGUGGGCCAGCCUACAGGUCACUCCUUCAACAUGUAUGCCACCAACAGCAAGGCUGAGCUGCGUUUCAUCAGCGGCCGGUUCCAUGGAGGGCUUACCUCCAUUGGAGCACACUGGGCUAUCUUUUACCAAUCUGCUAAUGACACUGCAAUGAACUGAUUUCAGUUCGGUGGUGGAUUUUAUUCAUUUUUCAACAUUUAGAUGUCAGAAAAUUUAACCUUCUGCUGAGCUGCUGGUCUGAAAUGCAUUUUUGCCAUAAUCAUCUCUCUUAGUUAAAUUGUUUGUUGUUUAUUGCAUGGGUUGAGAGAACUUGACUAUUCUUUCCAGAACCUUUUGUUCUGAGGCAAGGUUUUAAUCCACAUAUCUGAGCACCCACACAAAGUAACACAGGGCAUUAUAUAGUUACUUAUACUGCAUUAGAACCUUAGCUUACCUUUCCCCUUUUCUUCUUGAUUUUUGUUUAUGUAUGAACAUAUAUUAUACAGAGGAAAAUGCUUUCACAAACACAUGCACCAUGUAACUGGCUUAUGAUAUUCAACUUUGAUCUGAAUCAGUUUUUUUUUCUUAAUUUUACCUUUACAUUUGUACACAUCAUGCUCUUGUCCUUGAUUGAAAUAUGUAAGAAAUAAAAUGUUUAAUACAAAUGAAUCUUUUGCACAUCAAAA